GACUUCUCGAUGGUUAUGUUUUAAAAAGCAAUACGCAGUCAUACUGUUCAAAUUGAUUAUAUUAAAAUAAUUAAGCUAAUAUAACAUUCUAUAAAAGGAUUUAAGAUAAAAGUACAAGAGAAAUGUCUAAUGAGGCUUUUAUUGAGGAAAAAAUUGGUAAACGAUGGGACCGUUGUGUCUCAGACACAUUAGUUAAAGGAUGUGGUGGCCUUUUCAUUGGAUCAGCUGUGUCCUUGUUAUUUUUUAAAAGACGAGCAUGGCCUUCAUUGGUUGGCGUUGGAUUUGGAAUCGGCGCCGCAUACAAAACAUGUGAAAAGGAAAUAAAUUCCUUAAAGUGAAUGUUGUACCAUGUUAAUUAAAUGAAUCCAUUAAAAUUGAUUUUUGUAGAAUUACAUUACAAUUGCAGCGA